CCAGUCUACGAUUGGCCAACGUUAAAACGCGCUCCGCUACGCAACGACUAUAUAAUUCGUACUUUGCUAUAUUAUAUUCUAGUUAAACCUAAACACGUAUCUGACAAACAUUGUGAUCCGCUGGAAACGAUAACAUGCUGUCNCUCGCCAAGAUUAUUUUAUUGUUUGGAUUUGUNACAUUGGUGAAAUUAUCGGCAGCUGCACCAGACAGCGCAGGAAUGGUGGAAAUGGUAAACGGAUUGGCAUACGGUGGAAUUCCGUACGGAAGCGUGAGCGGAAUGCUUGCGAAAUAUCCNGGAUACGUGCGAGCCAAUGUUCAACCUGAGGCCAGACAAUUCAACAUUUUGAGCAACACUGAACGGCCAGUAAUUAUCACACCGAAUCUUCGAGCAAAUCGUUUAGAGNGAAUUACACCUCAACCUGUGCAAAUUUACAAUCUUCCCGGAGUCAUCGCCCCGGGUAUCGUCGGCACNAUUAGUCAGAUCGGUUAUUAAUCUACUCUAAGAAAAAGUCACGAUGACCUCUUCAUAGAUAUCAGCCAUNUUACAUCACACACAAACUUCGUUUUCUCGUCAUAAAGGUUUUGAGAGAGAAUAUANGUNGAAGAAAUCACACACUCUGUUAUGCAAUCUCAAUAUUAUCAAUUAAUAUAAAUUAAUGUAGAAUAAAAAAAAAUAAGAUAUUAUUAAAUAUGCGAGUUUGAUAUGCUUUUGAGUUGAAACAAAGUGCAUGAUCGCUUUUGAGUAAAUGAUCUAAAUUAUAUAAUUGCAGGUAAUAAUAUUAUUACUUAUAAUUAUCUUAAUUAUCUGUAGAUUUACUUAGAGACUGACACAGUUAUGUAUUUACAUUAUUUUACGUAUUUAUAUUAAUUUAUUGCAAC